AGUUAGCUAUCAGUGAGCUGAAGCUCAGUUAAAGAGAGACAGAGCUCGAGGUAGCAUUUAAAGCGGCAUAGCGACCCUUUGGGGUCGAAUGCACGUAGUUGCAGGGCCAAAAACUAUUCUAUUUCAAACAAAACAUUACAUUAAAAUGCCUAUUCUACUUUUUUUAAUAGACACGUCCGCUUCUAUGAACCAGCGGACUUAUCUGGGUACGACUUAUCUGGAUAUUGCUAAAGGUGCGGUUGAAAUAUUUAUGAAGCUGCGAGCCCGUGAUCCAGCUAGUAGGGGAGACAGGUACAUGCUAGUUACAUUUGAUGAACCACCCUACUGCAUUAAGGCUGGCUGGAAAGAAAAUCAUGCUGCGUUUAUGAAUGAGCUGAAAAAUCUCCAAGCUUCUGGUCUUACUACUCUUGGUCAGGCCCUGAGAUCAUCUUUCGAUUUAUUGAACCUUAACAGAUUGGUAUCUGGAAUUGAUAACUAUGGGCAGGGGAGGAAUCCAUUCUUUUUGGAACCAUCAGUCCUAAUCACCAUCACAGAUGGAAACAAAUUGACCAAUAAUGCUGGUGUACAUGAGGAACUUCAUCUUCCUUUGAAUUCUCCAUUGCCCGGGAGUGAGUUAACAAAGGAACCAUUCCGCUGGGAUCAAAGAUUAUUUGCACUGGUUCUGCGUUUGCCAGGAACUUCCUUAGUUGAACCAGAGCAAGUUGGGAGUGUGUCUUCGGAUGAUUCUGCCAUUACGCAAAUGUGUGAAGUCACUGGAGGUCGCUCAUACUGUGUUCGUACUCAGAGAAUGGUGAACCAGUGUCUGGAGUCACUGGUACAGAAGGUUCAAAGUGGGGUUGUUAUAAACUUUGAAAAAACUGGACCAGAUCCAUCACCAGUAGGUGAAGAUGGUGUUGAUUCAGCUCGAUCCACUCCUACAUCUUUUAUUUCACAGCCUUGGCAUAGUUGUCGGAAACUUAUUUAUGUGCGACCUAACCCCAAAACUGGUGUACCUGUCGGACACUGGCCAGUCCCAGAAUCCUUCUGGCCUGACCAGAAUUCGCCAACUUUGGUGAGUACAGUGUUAAAUUAA